AUAAAUAUAUGUAUAUACAUAUAUGCAUACGCAUAUAUAUAUGUUACGUGCCGUAGGAGUUUGCGUAAACGCGUGUAUUCUACGUGUCAAAUUAAGAAAUUGAAAAUUCUUUUAUUUAAAGCAUAUUUCGCAAAGUGCUUUCUCGUUAUAUUAUAAUUACAAAAGAGACGAGGAAGGUUAACGGUGGGUUGAUAAAAUGUGUGGAAUUUGGGCUCUCUUUGGUCUAGAUGGAAAGCCUAUAAAUUGUAUCUGUGAAAAUUUUGAAAAAAUAUCUCAUCGCGGUCCUGAAGCAUUCCGAAUUGAAUUUGAUAAUAGAGUUAAGAAUGGAUAUUUUGCAUUUCAUAGAUUAGCAAUUGUCGAUUGUCUCAAUGGGAUGCAACCAAUGAGGCUUAAGAAAUAUCCAUAUCUUUUUUUAUUGUGCAAUGGUGAGGUAUAUAACUGCAAGAAGCUAGCGGAGCAAUAUAAUUUUCAGUAUACAACAAAGUGCGACGUAGAAGUAAUUUUGCAUUUAUACGCCCAAGGUGGAUCCGAUAAUGUCACACGAUCUCUAGAUGGUGUAUUUGCAUUUUGCUUACUCGAUAUUAAACAAAGGAAAAUACUUAUCGGAAGGGAUCCAUACGGCGUUAGACCCUUAUUCAAAUUAUAUUCAAAUAGUGGACAUUUAGCGAUAAGUUCCGAAAGCAAAGGUCUCAUUAAUAUAUGUAAACAUAUGCAAGAUGAGUACAUAUUGCAACCAUUUCUACCAGGUAAUUACGAGGAAUAUGAAGUUUUGAUCGACGGCCGAACAAAACUAUUAAAAACCAUCAACUAUCAUAAGCCCGGGGACAAACCUAACUUUCAAGUUUAUACACCUUGGAAUAUGCUAAGUAAUAGCGACGUACAUGAGAACAUAAGAAGAUUGUUUUCGGCAGCUGUUGAGAAACGCUUAUUGGCAGAUAGACGAAUAGGUUGUUUGUUAUCUGGUGGUUUAGAUUCCAGCUUAGUUGCAGCUACGCUUGUGCAACAUGCAAAAAAACAUAAGUUACCAUACAAAAUACAAAGUUUUGCGAUAGGUAUGGGAGAUAGUCCAGACAUUAUUGCAGCAAGACAGGUUGCAAGCUAUAUAGGAACGGAACAUCAUGAAAUUAUUUUCUCUUCCAAAGAUGUAGCUGAAAUUUUGGAUAAAGUUAUUUACCAUUUAGAAACAUUUGACAUUACAACGAUACGAGCUUCUAUCGCGAUGUAUAUUAUAUCAAGAUACAUUUCCCAAAAUACAGAAACAACUGUGAUAUUUAGCGGUGAAGGCGCAGAUGAAUUAGCACAAGGAUAUAUUUAUUUCAGGGAUGCUCCCACAGCUAUGGAUGCGCACAAUGAAUCAAUUAGAUUAUUAAAAGACAUUUAUCUUUAUGACGGUUUAAGAGCUGAUAGGACAACCAGUGCAUUUAGUUUAGAACUUAGAGUUCCAUUCCUUGAUAUACAAUUUACAAAUUAUUAUUUGUCACUUGAUGCUGCCAUUAGACAACCGCAAGGUGGAAUUGAAAAAUAUUUAUUAAGAUCUGCAUUUGAUGGUACUGACAUAUUACCAUCUAAAAUACUUUGGCGACAUAAAGAAGCGUUUAGCGAUGGUGUUACUUCCAUUAAAAAAUCUCUUUUUCAAAUCAUUCAAGAUAUUGUGGAAGAUAAAGUACAAGAUGAAGAUUUAGCAAAAGCACGCAUUAAAUAUCCCCACUGUACGCCAAAGACUAAAGAAGCCCUUUAUUACAGAAAUGUAUUCGAAUCAUAUUACGGUGGUCAAGCUGAAAUUUUCACUCCUUACUUUUGGAUGCCACGUUGGGUGGAAGACAUCGUGGAUCCAUCUGCACGAUUUAUUAAUCACUAUUCUGCCGAUGUAGAUAUUAAUAACGAUUAUCAGAUCAAAAAUUGAUAAUAGAAUUAUAUGAAAAGAUGUACCUAUCCUAUAAACCAAAUUUUUAACAUCUUUUUAUCAUAUUUGUUAAUAUGAUAAGAAUUAAAUAUAUAUUCGGAAAUUCAUGUACUAAUAAUAUAAAAAUAUUA